AUGUUUUCUACACCUUUAAAGAACUCUGUUGACUACCAAUCAACCACAACGUAUGCGUCAUUGACCAACAAUGGAACUUCCAACGCUAAUUCCGGUUCUCUUGUUAAUUCCAAUAAUAGCAUUGCCGUUAAUAACAAGAUGAGUUCAAAUCUGAAUUCGAAUUUAAAUACUAGUAAUAUCAAUGGAUUGGACUUGGGUUCGUCGGCAAAUGGUGGAAGGUUCAUCAGCGACUCAAAUGGCCCUAAUGCAUCAGGUCUUUACAGUAAUAAUAACACUGAGCAUCUGAGAAUUAACGGGAUGGGCAAUGUUAAGCCACUGGACCUAGCGACUCAAUAUAUUGAUUAUUUAUUAAGAAGAGACGCCAAUACACCGGUUCUGGAUGAAAGGUCGUAUUAUAACAAUGGUGUUGUUUAUAAUUUUUCAAAAGAGGUUGGUGGGCUAGGUGCAUUCACCCCAUUCGAAAGACAACAGGUCAUUAAUAUCCCUGAUGAAAUAUUAAAGGAUUCUUCAAAAGCAGAGAUCAAAAAUGAAAUGGGCAUAUUCACCGAAAUUAACCGCUGUUGGAUUAUAAUUGAUAAUAAAUUGGUUUUAUGGAACAUUCACAACUCAACUGAAUUUCAAACAAUCGAUGAAAUUAAACACACAAUCCUAAAAGUCGCAUUAGUGAAACCAAAACCAAAUACCUUUGUUGACAAUAUUAACCAUCUUCUAUUAAUUGCUACCCCAUUCGAUCUAUUUAUCUUUGCCAUAUCAUACAAUAAAAAGACAAAUGACUUUAGUGUUUACAACACUGAAAUGUCAGUUUCUGUGCAUGGUUUAGAUAUUGCAGACAUUGCAACUUAUGAUAAAACUGGUCAAAUAUUUUUUACCGGUAAAAACAAUGGUACCAACAUAUGGGAAUUACAAUAUUCGGGAUCCGAUGAUUGGUAUAACAGCAAAUGUACUAAAGUAUGUCUAACCCAAUCUACAUUGUCCAGUUUAAUGCCAACCAAUAUUGUGUCUAAAAUACCGGGCAGCAAUUACAUACAAUCUUUUUUCGAAGAAGAUUCUAAAUACCAUCAAGAAUAUAUUACUAAGUUAACAAUAGACCAAUCAAGAGGUAUCGUUUACACAUUAUCUUCAAAAUCCAUUAUAAGGGCAUAUUUAAUAGCCAGUAAUAAGUCAUUAACAGGACCUAUGACAAUAGAUCCUUCAUAUAUAAAAAGAAUCAUCGGUACUACCACUGCAAGAGGUGCGGCUAUUUUAUCAAACAAAUUUUUAAAACUCUCUAAGAUAAUACCUGUAACACAAUAUGAGAACAGUAAUCUAUUUUUUAUUGCAAUUACUAUCGGAGGUGUAAGACUACACUUCAAUGGUUCGGUAGGUAGAUCAAGUAUAGAAGCUUUAAGAUUAGAAUCUAUCAAAUUUCCACCAAGUUCUGUCACACAACAAGUAAUGCAACAAGAAUUGCAAAAGGAACAAUUAGAACAACAAAAGAGAAGUUUACCAUUCUAUUCAAGUCUCACCUCUUCUGAAUCAGUUUUAUUGAGAUUUCAAAAGAAAUCUUCCGUACUAUUGGAAACUACAAGUGCCAGUACUAUAAUAUCACCUGGUAUGUUCUUUUCAUCAAUAAUUAAAUCUGAACAAAAUCCUAAUCCUCCAACCGGUAGCACCACAACUCCAGUUAAGAAUAAGUUAUUUGUAUCUGUUCCAGAUUAUGGUAUAUUAAAAACUCAUGGCAAAUAUAUUGAGAAUGCAACAUUUUUGGAUACGACUAGCGUUGUAAGAGAGAUUGUUCCACUAACAGCUGGCUCAAAUGCUACUUUGAAACAAGAAGGGUAUGCGAACACAUUUGCGACUCAAUAUAACUCAGAAAAUAUGAGAGUUGCUGUCUUAACGAAUAGCGCAAUUGAGAUUUACAGAUAUAGAUCACCAGAUGAAAUAUUCGAAGCUUUAAUAGGUAAUCCAUUGCCAUUUGUAGUCAAUUAUGGUUUAACAGAGGCAUGCUCUACUGCUCUAUAUGUUGCAUGUAAAUCAAACAAAUCAGAUAGUUUAAGAUCAGCUGCUUUAACAUUCUUUUUUGUCGGUUUACCAGGUAUUCUUGACAUCAAGCCAAAAUACAACCGCUACUCAAGUUCAGCAGUCUCGUCAUUAUUAGGAAAGCCAACGAGCACUACGGGUUCUAUGUUAAGUUCUGCUACGCCUCAAAAGUCUAGCUCUAGUUUAUUUUCCGAUGUCAAUGCGAAUAAUACUAACUUUAGUUUAGAUGAUGUCUUUUUAUCCGCAAGAUUCUAUGCUAUUCCUUUAUUAAUUGGAAGAUUAUUCAGGGAUAUUUGGGAAAAGCCCGUUUUUAUGAAUGAUAGACCUAAAACUCAACAAACUUCUCCGUUUGGAACUAAUCUGAUUUCCUCAGCCCCAGUGCAUAUUACAAAAAUAUCUAUUUCCAAAAAUGAUGUUGAUUAUUAUCUUUCAUCCAUUCAAAUUUUAAAUGAAUUUUUUGAAGUUUACAGCAGUUCAAUCAGUACUAUAUAUACCCCUCUGUUAUCAAAUACACAUAACACCACAACGGUGACUGAUAAAUCAGAAAGUGUAGCAUACCAAGCUGAAAACAUUGCUAUUGGUUCAAUGAUCAAAUUAGUUGGUUCAAUGAAAGAAUCGCUAAUGUUUUUAAAGGUACUCUAUGGAGAAAGUGAAGUUGAUGGGUUUGAAAAUAACUUUUCAGCUUUCAAUGAUAUUGUGAACAAUUUAAAUGCUGAAGUACAAUCCGGAUUAGUGGUGUUGAAAUAUAAAGACUUAUUUGCACCAAAUGACAAAACUAAAUCAUACGUCAAGGAAAUAUUUUCAUCGAUAAUUAACAGAAAUAUAACAAGAGGUGCAUCCAUUGAAUACAUAGCAACUGCAUUACAAGAAAGAUGUGGUUCAUUCUGUUCUAGCAGUGACAUUUUAGGUUUCAGAGCAGUGGAACAUUUACGUAAGGCUAAAGAAAUUGGCUUAAGAGAUUAUGAAUCAUUGAGUUAUCACUUAAAUAACGCUAUCAGUUUAUUUGAAAAGAUUGUAGACGAUGUUUCCAUCGAUAAAUUAAAGGAAGCGACAGCAAUUAUGUUGGAUCUAAAAUACUUCCCUAAGACAAUUCAAUUUUUGUUAAAUAUGGCUAACUUUACGGAUAAGGGUAAUUUAGCUUAUCAAUAUUUUGUUGAUUCUCGUUCACCAAAUGAUGAAAGAAAAAGAUUUUAUGACAAACGUUUGGUAAUUUACGACAUGGUAUUUGAAAUAUUAAUUAAGGUUGAUAAAAUCGCUUCUUCGUAUGCUUCUGAUAGAAGCAACAAUUUAAACAUACAAAAUGAAUGGUCUGUACUAAGAGAGCAAAGCUAUAACUGCGUUUUUAGCUACAAAGAUAAAUUGUUUCACUAUCAGUUGUACGAUUGGUUAGUCUCUCAGAAGGAACAGGACAAACUACUACAAUUGGAUACGGAAUAUAUUUUACCUUACUUGCAAGAAAAAGCCAAGGAUCUUUUGGAAAUUUCCAAUUUACUAUGGGUAUACUACUCUAAGAGAUCCAAUUUUUACGAAGCUGCUAACAUCCUGUAUUCGCUAUCUAUCUCUAAUUUUGAUAUAAGUUUAGGUGACAGAAUAGAAUUGUUAUCCAGGGCCAACGGUUUCUGUAAUAGCGCUUGUCCAACUGAUCAAAAACAGAACAUGAUGCAACUUUCUGAUCAAAUACAAGAAAUUUUUGAAAUCCCAACUAUUCAAGAUGAAAUUUUAUCUUUAGUUAGCUCUGAUAAUAGAAUUGACUCGGCCAUGAAAAAAGAAUUGAUUGCUGGUUUGAACGGUAAAUUUUUAUCAGUUAAUGAAUUGUACAAUGAUUUUGCCGUGCCAUUAGGAUAUUAUGAAGUAUGUCUAAACAUUUUCAAAGUGUCUGAUUUUAGGAAUAAGGAGGAAAUCAUGGAGACAUGGUCUAAUCUGUUUGCCUCUUUGAAGAAAGAAUUACGUCAAGACUCGAACAGUAAAUACGAUGAAUCUAUCAACUUUAUCAACUUACUCUCCAAUGUUGUAACCAAAAUAGGGAGAAAUGUGCAUACCUCAGAAUUCAUCUUUCCAGUUGAGUCAUUGUUCCCUAUCGUCUACAACCUAUUUCAUGAGUUACUACCAAAGGAUCAUAUUCAAUCGGGUGUUGUCACCUCCAUCUUUGUCAAUUCCGGAGUCUCGUACAAAAAAAUUUACUAUACCUUAAGAGACCUCAUUGAAACAUCACCAUUAACUGCCACUGACGACAGCAAAUCUGUACCAGAUUACACUACAGAAAUGAUAUGGUUGAUCCAAGAGUGGUACAAGACAGACCGCAAGUUAAGAGAAAUAAUCGACACAGAACAAAUAAGAAACUUAACUGUUUACAAAAUCGAAAACGACCCAUUGGAACAGUACAUGAAAAAGACUGGCAACAGCAUCUAA